CGCUUCUCCUCCAAAGCUGCCAUUCAUUUCAAACGGUUUCGUGUUCCGGUGCAGACGUACAUUUAGUGUAGCUCCGCUCGUGACCGUGUGCGUGUUUCUGGUGUGUAUGUACCCACUGCCGUGCCGUUGUCGUAAAGGAAGCCAAGUGCGCGUUCUGCGGCAAAAUACCUAUUGCCAGUUCUCCCGCUUCCUUAGUGGAAAAGUAAAAGUGUCAUCGAUCGAAAAGCGCAUUGUGUGAGUGUGUGUGUGUAUGUGUGUAUGUGUGAGAAAAACCCCGUUUGAGCAAAAGGGUGAAAAAAGUGAAAGUGCACCCGAUUACCAGUUCAGGGGGGAAACAUCCUUCCAGGAAAUUGUAUUUCUGUAGCCAGUGUGGGGCUACAAAUUUUCUUCCCCACGCGCACAAGUUUUUGUCCGUCCAUAGUUUUGUGCCUUUAUUUUCGUUCAACGGUUCCGGGCCAAUCGCCCCCACCCACCCCCGUGCCCAUCCCUUUUUGUGGAGGGCGAAAGACUACUUAGACUCCGGGUUUCCGUUUUCCGUCGUGGUGGUGCAGGUGGUUAGGCUGUGGUAGCCUCCCCCAACGGGAUUGAUAGUCCCACCGUUUUUCACGUGACCACCGUAAACGUGCAGCAGUGUACAUGUGUGACCAGGGCAAGCGAAAGAAAAAGGAAAAAUUCCAGUACAACAAAUCGAUCAUGGCCGCCACAAGUGUGGUGGUCCUCGAUCGGGGCAACAAUACGACCUGCACCGUUAAUUUACACGGUGCAACCGUAGUGUCCUGGCGAGUAAAUAAUCAAGAACAGCUGUUUGUGAGCAAACUAGCAGUUUUUGAUGGGAAGAAGGCAAUCCGUGGUGGUAUACCUUUCAUUUUUCCCCAAUUUGGUCCCUGGAAUUUUGGUCCACAGCACGGUUUUGGCCGAGUGGUACGAUGGACACUGGAGCGUGCCCCGGAACGGUUACCGAGUGGAGACGUGGAAGCAGUCUUCAGCCUAAUGGACAACGAAAUAACCCGCUCGAUGUGGAACUAUCCCUUCCGUAUUACGUACCGGUUGAUUCUACGCGAGAAAGAACUCCACUUUCACAUCGGCGUGUACAACCCGAGUAAAGACAUGACCUUCUCGUUUAAUCUACUGCUCCACACUUACCUAAAGGUGCCGGACGUACGCCGGUGUCAGAUCACGGGAUUGAACGGUUGUACUUUCAUCGAUAAGACACGGGACGGAGCCAUCUAUCAGGAGGGUCGUGACGCGGUGACAAUCAACGAAUGGACGGAUCGGAUCUAUCAGCACACGCCCCAGGAACACAUAAUCACGAACGUUGUGUCCGGGCGCAAGAUGCGUCUGCAGAAGUACAAUUUCCCCGAUACGGUCGUGUGGAACCCGUGGAUGGAGAAGGCACGCGAAUGUCAAGACUUUGGUGAUGAUGAGUACCCGAACAUGAUUUGCGUCGAGGCCGGGCACGUUUCGACACCGGUCAUUCUGCUGCCCGGCACCGCGUUUGAAGCAUCACAAAUACUUCAGGUUAUGUGAGUGGAAACCCCGGGAGGUGCUGUCACCCGCAGUAAAGGUUCCUCCCGAGCAAAAUCCAAAAAGAAUCAGCAGCAACAACAGCAACAGCAGCAACAACAACAGCAGCAGCAACAACAACAGCCACAGCAACCGCAAUCUCAACAAAACCAACAACAAAAUAAUCAACAGCAGCAGCAGCAGCAGCAACAACAACAGCAGCAGCAACAGCAGCAACAACAGCAGCAGCAACAGCAGCUUCAACAACAGCAACAACAGCUGGCAACGAAUGCUGCAGCGCUGUGGCAAGUGCCAGCUGCUGCGGCAGCCGCCGCUGCCUGCUGGAACAAUUAUGCCAACUUCCAGACGGCUGGAGUGUUGGCGUUCAAGAUGCCACCGUCCUGUGGCGGACUCUGUGGUCCGCAAACCAAUUGCGAGCUGUGUUCGUUAAAUUCAAACUAGAAUCCGUACUAGAAUCGUCGUAUGCUGCAAUGCGCUAGGUUGUGCUUCUUUUUGUGCGCAAAUUGUUUUCCAAUUGCGUUUAGGUCAACGGUCUGCCGGUUUGCUUCCGGUAUUGGUUCCUGUGGGAGAAAUUGGACUGCUCUGUAAGAAGAAUGAGGCCAAAUUUGUCAAAUUCCGAGCGUUUUAUAUGGACGAGAUAUUUCAUGUUCAGUUUCUUACAGGAAAAACCAAUGCGGAGAUAACCAACAAGCAGAUGUGGCCUAGGAUUUUGCUCAAGAAAGUGUCAAUGAAAGGGUUUUUAUUUUUUUCUUUAUUUGUAUUUCACUAGUUAACUUUACUUUAAGUAUCAUAAAUAAUCGUAUUCGUUGUUAGGACGUACAUUCGGCUAGAGGAGAGGAACAAAAAACAAAAGAACAAACAUUGCAACCAAUGCACUCAUCAACUUUGUUCUGACUUUUUAAUGAAGGAACUGGAAUGGAGGGUGUUUGUUUUUUAAAAUUUUUAACCAAUAAACUAUGAAAGGGUAAUCAAAAAUUAGCGAUUAGUACGAAUGAUCGUAGAUAGUGGUAUGGCAGCUUUUUUCUGUCGUGGCAACAGGAAAAUAAACAUUGAAAUUUGCAACUACUAGUGUUAAUAGGAAUUGAUAACUAAAGCGAUAUCCCCACGGCGAGUGUUUUUAUUGCGAUGGCCCUUGAAGAAACACAAGGGCUGUACUUAGUGUACAGCGUAGUUAAGAAGGGGGCUAAAUCGGGUUGUAACUAGGAAGUUGUAAUGGAAAUUAAAUGGCAGAACGCACGAAAAAUAAGCCCAUGAAAAUUAAAACAAGCUUCGCUAGAGAGUGAUUUCGAUAAGGGAAGGUAUGAUAAAAGCGUCGUGUAACUAUAAUGAAAUGGAUCUACGAAGUGUGGAAUAUUAGUAGUUAGGUUUUACGAAUUUUUUUCGCCACCAUUUCGGCGCCAUACGAAGUGUCGCGUGAAAACUGUUGGAGAUGAUUCAGAACCUUUCGUUUCGAUGUGCAACUGUGCAUAACAGCAACCGAAAUUGUUUGUCUUCUACCGGUCGCCUUUUAUUGUGUGUUACCAAUUGGUGAUUUCCUUCACGUUGUUUAGAUUGAUCACUUGUAUUUGUUUGUAUCGAAGGGACGUGUAGACAAACGAGGAUAUAAUCGCUAAGCGAAAACUGUACUGUAUUUUUUGUUCCAACUGCCAGUCGUCAAUUUUCUAAGCAAAUAAUAUACGCACAACACAAUGUGAAAAAAUGAGAAAUUUACAGUGUGAUAAACUGUUGAUAUAGCGUCCAAAUUAUCCAGAUCAGGAUUUUAUUUGAGUUCAUCCUUUUAGUUGGCCCAAGGUUUUUGUUUGCCACAGAAAUGGAGGCAAACAACGAAAUGGGUUUACGAAAAUUUACGUUUAGAUUUACUUUGGUUAGAUUUCACAAUUCCAUAUAGAUCAGAAAAGCAUACAACAAAUGAUAGCGGAAUUAAUGAUAAAAUCAAAGUUAUGUAUACGAAUGGUACACAGACCAUCUAUUUGUACAUAAUGUUGUGUUUUAAAAAGCGCUGAACUGAUCCCUAAAACGUGUUCGUUCAGAGGAGAAAUCAAAUUGCUGGCGUUUGUUCUUCAUUGAAUAGAAGUUUUUUAAAGCUAAAUUUAGAGAUCGUCUAUCAAUCUCAUUGCUUUCGAUCGGUCCAAACGCUAACGAAUGUUCUUUGAAAAAAACUAUCAAGCCACAGGAAACAGGUGUUGUAUAAUUUGUAUUCCCGCUCAGUACCAUGCACAUGUUAAAGAUGAAUGUUUAGUUAGUAAUCCUUUUUUCCCUGGAAAUGAAUGUCACCACGUUGCGAUAAUGUUAACUUAUGUUUAAAUAAAAUUACCAUGGGAAGAUACUAA